CAGCUGAUGGCCCAGAUGGGAUCAAAAUGCAUCCAGGAGCGCAUCAGAGCUAUAAACCAGCUAGUGGAGGACUGCACCUUGAAGCCAGAGAUGGUCAAGCCCUGUAUAUUCUCGGUUUUUGACAACAUCAGAGCCAGGCUGCUGGAGUCGAAUAGAUGCGUUAAUCUCCACAUGUUGAAGGCCCUUGGGACCAUAAUCCCCCAAAUGAAGGAGAGUUUGAACAAGGUGGUCUACCAGCUGAUCCCUGCCAUCGCUGACAACCACCUCAAUUCCAAGACCAACGCCAUCUACUGUUCCGCCCUAGCUGCCAUCCGCAGUGUUGUGCACAAUCUCGAUAACUCCAUCCUUCUGGAGGUUUUUGUCACCAAGGCCCAGCUCCUUGGUGGGCGUGCAAAGACAGACCUCACUGAUGCCGUUACAGACAUGGCGAUAAAGCUGUACCCCCGCAGGCCUAAGAUGGUGGAACAGCAGACGCUUCCUCUCCUGUGGCACAUGCUGGCCGUCCGCAGUCGCAGUGCUGCCACGGCUACCUUGUUCAGGGCCCUGUACGGUCACAUGGGGGCCAGGCUGCCGGUGGCGGCUGCCUAUCAGCCCGUCAUCGUCCGUAACGGCCUCCAGCGCCUGCUCAGCUCUGCUCAUUAACGCCUGGGGACCAGCGAUGUAAAGAGAUGCCUGUUCUGCAGACAUAUGUCUGAACACCUGAGACGUCGGGCUAUGAAAUUUUAAUGUAAUGACUAAUGCAAGGGGAAAUUAUAGCCAAACUUCAACUGGACUGUGGAGGUAGUCCAGGCAGACAGAGCAGAAGCCAGUGCCCAGGAACAGCUUUACAAGACAAGGAGCAGAAAUAUGUUCUUGAAAAUUAGCUCAGAUGAUCCUGUCAUUAGUUAUGAUGCAUUUUCUUUAUGGUAAAAUUAGAGAUGACUUGGCAUGACUUGCCAGAGCUCUUAAAAUGCAGAAAGCAAAAGGUGAAGAGAACAUGGUGAACAGAAACCCCUCACUGUAAUUGGAUGAUAAUAUAGCAG